AUGUUCAGUGUGUACCACGUGAUAUCUACAAGAGCCAGGAAUCUGGAAUAUGUCUACUACUCACGAGUCAAUGAGUCAGCCACCUCAGCCAGUAGUGCACUAGCUGCUGAUGAUUGUACUCAGCUCACAUCAUCACCAGACAAUGCUAUUGCUACAUGCAAGAUGAUAUUUGGUCAUUUGAAGUCAAAGGUCAUUGCUGCAGUCAUUCUGAUAAUUGCCAUAGGAGUAGUGGCAGGGACAAUAACCCUGGCCUUAUUUAUCAAAAGUAA